AUGCAAGGAAUUCAUCAUCAUGUUUCUUCUUCUCGCUCGGUACGGCUGAGAAUGACCUUCCGAUAUCUUGAUCGUUCUCGCACAUGUCUGUCAUCUUUUCUUCUUCUUCUUCUCAUAUUCCUAAUUAGUAGUAGCACUUCAUUACAAGCCUCAUCAUUCUCACCUCUUCAUCGAUUUAUUGGUUGUUCCUAUGAACAGAUCAUUGGUGGUAAUAAUAAUGGAAACAAUGGAAGCUCGUUCAUCACACAACGAAUCAACAUUACUGAUGACUUUUCAGACUUUACCGAUGUUCCUUUCGGGUUUGGAUGUGAUGAAAUACUCUUUCCGACGGACAUAUCUUCCUAUCCCUUCUCAACCUCAAAUAUGGAACAAGGCUUGCAUGAUAUUUACUCGCCCGUACAAGCCUCAUCACGAAUGAUGAAUUUAUGUUCCAUGUUUCCAGAGAAUACGAGUUGUAUUGAAACGUUUUGUGGUCCAGGCAAUUCUAAUCAAGGGCUUCAGGACCAAGAUUUGUAUCGAUUGGUGAAUUUUUGUCAAUAUUGUAAGAAGGCGAAGGAUUUUGUUCAAUUCCACAAAUUGGUGGCAGGAUUUGAAAAUUAUGAUAAUUCUUCAUUGACAGCAUGUCCAGCAUUUAAGAAAUUUCCGUCUGCUUUUUUGUGUCGAAAUGUUCAAAUUGGAUUACCCAUCUUUUUCAUGGAUAGAUAUUUCAAAAGAUUGAGAACGCCAUUCAUGUGUUAUUGCCACAAGUAUGACCAAUAUUCUACAACGUGUGAUAAUAGUCUUCUAUUUACCUUGUCAUUUGAUAAUGCAAAACUUGGAAUAUUGCUGGCUUUAUCAGCCCCAUUAUUUAUUGCCAUCAUUUCCUUAAUUGUUUUACCCGAAUGUUUCAGUUUUAGAUAUCAAAAGCCAACACCUUUAUCAAUUCAGUCGAUCAUAUUCAUGACAGCGAGUGCAGUGUGUAUUGUAGUAGCAAGUGGACUCUCCUAUGUGCCAUCAUUUAACGAUUCCAAUAAUUUAAUGUACUUGCUGGAAAAUUUGUCGUUGAGCUUGAACGUAUUUUUCACCUAUUAUACCAUCAUACCCGUCUUGCUCAUGUUUGAUCGGGUUUACAUGUACUUAAAGACUGGUGAGAAAAACAAUUGGCCAGUUUUUAAAUUGCUGUCCUACAUUUCUGUAACUGUGAACACCUUGUGCAUGAUCUAUAUUGUUUCAGCACUGAGUUACCAAAUUUCAACACAUACCAUGAAUGUGGAUCAAAGUAUGAGGAUUAUAUUGGGAUUGGGUUACGUGGCAUAUGCUCUCCCAUGGUUCUGUAAUCUUAUUCUCUUCUUGCUCGUGGCCUUUAAGCUUGGAUGCGCUUUAAAGGAGAUGACAAAUGUUUUAUUUUUCAAAACCAAGUACUUUUAUCAAUUCAUGCUGCUGAAUGCAUUGACAUUAUUGGCCUUGUUAUCAUGUUUAUUGGGUUUUUUAUACACUCAAUUUGGUAUCUCGUCUACAGAUUUUAUAAUAUCUUAUUAUACUGAAUUUGCAGCACACUGCUUUAGUAUUUCAUCAUUAUUGGCCAUUGUGAUGAUUUUAUUUGAUAAGGAAAAAUUUUUGGAUUGUUAUCCGUGCCUCAAACGGGUUUCGAUCUGUAGGAGCAGAGGUGACGAUGAAGAGAUGUCCUCCAGUUUGAUAGCAAACACAAGUGGUAGUGGAAAUAGUAAAAUGCAGCCUUCAGAGGGCUCGGCAGGUAUGAGUGAUUUGACCACUCCCUACAAUUCUGUGGUUACUGAUUACAAAUCCUUAAAUUCUGGAGAGUCUACGAAUGUGAGCAUGUAG